GCUGAGGAGAUGCAGGAGGCGGACCGCCUGCUCUCCGAGGUGGAGGCCUGUGACCUCAUAGAGUUUGGCAUAAUUCCAGAAUUUGUUGGGCGCUUUCCCAUCAUCACUGCGCUUCACUCGCUGGACGAAAGCAUGCUGGUGCGGAUCCUAACGGAACCCAAGAACGCUCUGCUUUCGCAGUACAAAUUCCUCUUCCGGGUUGACAAGGCAAGUCUCCUGGGCUUGUCGCCCCUCCCUAUUAUACACACGCCUGCCUGCCUAUCUGUUGAGCGGUCUCUCGGGAUAUGCGAGUUGAACGUCACUGCGGAUGCCCUUCUGGCUAUCGCGCAACAAGCCAUGGUUACAAAGACUGGGGCCCGUGGUUUACGUGCAAUUAUGGAAAGAAUUCUCCUACAACCGCGCUAUGAUGUGCCUGGCUCAAACAUUGUGAGCGUCGUCAUCGACCGUGACGUCGUCCUGGGGAUUUCACCAGCGAAGUACAUCUUUAGCGAACCCGAAGUCGAGGAGAACGUUUCCGCCCAUGAGGCCUCCUCUCCCCCUGCGUUUUCCCAAAAUGAGGCUUCCUGUCCGUCUGCUUGA